AUGACCACCGAGGCUCCCCCCCAAAUUCCCACGCCGGAUCUCAGCAUCACUCACGGUGGAAACUACGUCGAUCUCGAUCCCACAGCUCCCGUGCAGGACUUCCCCGAGCACAGCGCUCCCGAGCCCAUCUCUGCGCCCGCAGCCGAGCCCUCUCCGCAGACAAACGGCACCUACAAGGCCGCGAUUGUCAACUCCGCGCAAUCCGCCAUGGACUCAGUUCAGAACUCCUCGUUCGCUCAGCAAGCCGUCAACGGCCCUGUCGGCCAGAGCGUCAAGACCGAGACUGCGAAGACGCAGUCUGAGUUCCGCGACCUCGCUGACGCUCGUCGCGUGCCCGGCCAGCCUGCGGCCACCGGCCAGCCCUUGACCCAUUACCACUCGAUGUUCUACAGGCUUCUUAGCUGGAGGAACCCCCGCGCGACUGCCAUCUCUUUUGCCUGCUCCGUCCUCUUCAUCUUCACGGCGCGCUAUGUCAACAUCGUCCGCUACAUCUUCAAGCUCCUCUGGGUUACUCUGGGCUGCACUGCGUUCGCCGAGGUCGCUGGACAGGCCGCCCUGGGCCAUGGACUCGCUACGCAAAUGCGCCCGCGCAAGUACUACAUGAUCCGCAAGGACUCCUUGGAGCGCCUUACGGACGAUCUGGAGCAGUUCAUCAACUUCUUUGUCAUCGAGUUCCAGCGUGUGGUGUUCGUCGAGAACAUCUACGUCAGCGCUGCGUGCUUUGUUGCUUCCUUCAUUUCGUACUUCCUCAUCAAAUGGCUCCCUCUCUGGGGCCUUGGCCUGAUCGCCACGGUCCUCGUCUACAUGGGCCCUCUCGUGUACAUUCAGAACAAGGAGUACAUUGACGAGCAGCUCCGCCUCACCAACCAGAUGCUGAAUGAGCAAACCAACCAGUUCAAGGACCUUGCUGCUCAGCACAGCACCCGUGCGCAGAAGCAGCUGAAGGUCUACGCCAACGAGUACAGCAACAAGGCGCAGGAUUUCAUUGGACAGGCCAAGAGCAAGGCUUUCCCUGCUAGGAGCCGGCCCACGACGCCCGCUGCUCCCGCUGCGGCCGCGCCCGUUGAGUCCGCCCCGCCGCCUGAGAUGACUCACGAGAAGGCUCCGGUCCAGGAGGCCGACUUCCCUGAGGCGCCCACGGCAGCCUUCGCGACCGAGACUCCCGAGGUGCCCCAGGUCCACGAGCCUGUUCACUCGUUUGACAACCACACUCCUGACGCAGUGGCGAUGUAA